AUGAGAAACACAAUUCUAUUGUUUCUUUUCUUUAUUAUUAUUACCCAAAUAAUAUCACAAGAUAUACGUUCAUUAUUAUUAACUAAAUGGAAUAAUAUUCAGUAUCAAUGUACUAAUUAUGGUUGUUCAUCUUCUACUACCGUUUUGGCAUUAAACUUGAGAGCCUGUGUAAUUGCGUGUUUAGUUAAUACUAAUUGCCGUACGCUUACAUUUGAUCAAUCCAAUAAUCAAUGUGAACUCUUCGUUGAUAUUCCAAGUCAAUAUGGCAAUCUGAUCACACAAGCAAACAUUAUAACUAUGACUGCCAUCGAUGACAGACAAUUAUCAGCUCCAAUGACUACUAGUACAACAACAUCCACGUACAGCCCAACAACAACAACAUUAUUGUCGACAACAUCAUCAUCAUCAUCGACAACAACAACAACAACAACAACUAUGUUCACUUGCAUAUCGAGUUUAACAGGCGCAACAAUGCUGCUUAAUUUAACAAACAGUCCAAGUCAAAGUGGCUAUAUACAAUAUAGUUACAAUUACAUCGCUGUUACCACAUCGACUCGUCUAACACUGUCGUUUCGUAUGGAUUUAGAUAACUGGUCGUUAGACACAUUGUCUGUGAAAAGAAUCGGUACAAGUACAGAAUUGUUAACAAAUGGUGAUUUUGACUCUGGUACCAUGUCUGGCUGGUCAUCAUGCAAUCCGAAUAAUGCGACGAAUUUUGGAUUUGUACAAUAUAAUCUUAUCUAUUCACAAUCCGGUUAUUAUUUUUGGAAAGAUGCAUCGACAGGCGCUGUUGAUUAUCUCUAUCAAUAUUUUUCCAGUGUUGUCGGUGUCAAUUAUACAAUUAGUUUUUAUUUGAGAGGUGACGGUGGACUACCGAACAGUGCGAAUGUCUAUAUUGGAUUCUAG